AGAUAGAAUUUACUUCCUGAAUUAAGUGUAGAAUUUUAAAAGGAAUUCUGGCCCUGAAAUGGAGAAGGGAUACCACUAGGUUCUGCAGUUGGCUUAUUAGGUAGUUAAAUGGUAAAUUUUACGUUUAACUUCGUAAGAACGGGGUUUAAAUUUUCCUAACCUUCAUCCUGAGGGCCAAGGUUGUUUGGCAAGAAUGGAUGGUAGAAUGCAGUUUCUAGAGUAAGGCUGAGAUCCUUUUCUUUUCUCUCCUAUAGACUACAUUUGGUCAAUUUUGUGGAACCUGUGGGCCUCAAUUACUCCAUGUUUAUUCCUACCUUGUUGAAUCAGGGCACCACUGCUCAGCAAGAGAAAUGGCUGCUUUCAUCCAAAGGACUCCAGAUAAUUGGCACCUAUGCCCAGACGGAAAUGGGCCACGGAACUCAUCUUCGAGGUUUGGAAACCACAGCCACAUAUGACCCCAAAACUGAAGAGUUCAUUCUCAACAGUCCUACUGUUACCUCUAUUAAGUGGUGGCCUGGGGGGCUUGGAAAGACUUCAAAUCAUGCCAUAGUUCUUGCCCAACUGAUCACUAAGGGGAAAUGCUAUGGAUUACAUGCCUUUAUUGUACCUAUUCGUGAAAUCGGGACCCAUAAGCCUUUUCCGGGUAUUACUGUUGGAGACAUUGGCCCCAAAUUUGGUUAUGAUGAGAUAGAUAAUGGCUACCUGAAGAUGGACAACUAUCGUAUUCCCAGAGAAAAUAUGCUGAUGAAGCAUGCCCAGGUGAAGCCUGAUGGCACGUAUGUGAAACCCCUGAGUAACAAGCUCACCUAUGGAACCAUGGUGUUUGUCAGGUCUUUCCUUGUGGGAGAAGCUGCUCGAUCUCUGUCUAAGGCAUGCACCAUUGCCAUCCGAUACAGCGCCGUGAGGCACCAGUCUGAAAUAAAGCCAGGUGAACCAGAACCGCAGAUUUUGGAUUUUCAAACCCAGCAGUAUAAACUCUUUCCACUUUUGGCCACUGCCUAUGCCUUCCAGUUUGUGGGUGCGUACAUGAGGGAGACCUAUCAUCGGAUUAAUGAAGGCAUUGGCCAAGGGGACCUGAGUGAACUGCCUGAGCUUCAUGCCCUCACUGCUGGGCUUAAGGCUUUCACUUCUUGGACAGCCAACACUGCUAUUGAAGCGUGUCGGAUGGCUUGUGGUGGGCAUGGCUAUUCUCACUGCAGUGGUCUUCCAAAUAUUUAUGUCAACUUCACCCCUACCUGCACCUUUGAGGGAGAAAACACUGUCAUGAUGCUACAGACAGCUAGGUUCUUGAUGAAAAGUUAUGACCAUGUGCACUCAGGAAAUUUGGUAUUUGGCAUGGUUUCCUACUUGAACGACCUGCCUAGUCAGCGCAUCCAGCCACAGCAGGUAGCAGUCUGGCCGGCUGCAGUGGAUAUCAACAGCACCGACAGCCUAACCGAAGCAUAUAAACUUCGUGCAGCCAGAUUAGUAGAAAUUGCUGCAAAAAACCUUCAAACUGAAGUGAUUCACAGAAAAAGCAAGGAGGUAGCAUGGAACCUAACUUCUGUUGACCUUGUUCGAGCAAGCGAGGCACAUUGCCACUAUGUGGUAGUUAAGCUCUUUUCAGAAAAACUCCUCAAAAUUCAAGAUAAAUCUGUCCAAGCUGUCUUAAAGAAUUUAUGUCUCUUGUAUUCUCUGUAUGGAAUCAGUCAGAAUGCAGGGGAUUUUCUUCAGGGAAGCAUCAUGACAGAGUCUCAAAUUUCCCAAGUAAACCAGCAUAUAAAGGAGUUACUCACUCUCAUUCGCCCUGAUGCAGUUGCUUUGGUCGAUGCAUUUGACUUUCAGGAUCUGACGCUCGGCUCUGUGCUUGGCCGCUACGAUGGGAAUGUGUAUGAAAACUUGUUUGAGUGGGCCAAGAAAUCCCCACUGAACAAAGCAGAGGUCCACGAAUCUUACUAUAAGCACCUGAAACCACUGCAGUCCAAGCUCUGAGGUGUCACAAAGACAAGUGUAAUUGGCUCUAGAAAGCAGCCUGUGUGCAACUCUCUUCAUACAUGACACACUAAUCUGCGUGGAAUCUUUAUCAAAUUCAAAUAGUUAUAGAGCAAAUGAUAAAUUGACCCCUUUCCUGUUUUUAUAAAUGAAGGGAAAAAUGAACAGAUUUCAGAGAUUAGAUGAAAAAAAAGCAGAUGUGUUUUAAGUGCCGUUAACACUGAAAGGGACCUGUUAGCAUUCAGAAAAAGCUUAAGAAAUGCAGUUUGACUUCCAUUUGUAAUGCUGCUGACUAGGCCGUGACUUUGAUAAUUAGCAGAAUUUAACUACUGAGUAGUUAAUUAUUUUCACAUGUUAAUUGCUAAUCACUGGCUGUAUACGUGUUUUUAAGCAAAGUUAUUUUUGAAGUGGGGUAGAACACUUCCAAGUUUUCCUGCUAAAUGUCUUACCACUUCUACCAUGAGGCCUGGCUAGAAGGCAGGACUGAAGAAAAGAGACUGGGGGAAAAAAACUAAUCAGAAAACUGAAUGUGCGCCAGUUGAUGCUUGACACGUUUUCCUCCUGCUUGCCCUCCUUUGCUGAUGCAUUGCUCCAGUCUAACUUCAUAAUAGCAUUUUUCCAACAGGAAGAUUUUUUCAGCAUAGGCCUCCUGCAGGAUCACUGUCUCAUGUAAUUAGGAAUUAAUCUUCCAUUCAAAAGAAUCUCUAAACUGUCACUUUAGUAACACUACAACUCCCUUUGUCCCCAACUUCUUGGGAAAGUGUAGGUAGCAAAGUUAUCUCUACAUUUGAUUUUUGGCCGCUGCUGGGACCAUAGUCAAUGGUGUUUGAUCUCCCUCCCUCCCUAUUUCCCUCUCCCAAAAGAAAUACUGAAGAAAGGAGAAAAAAAUAUCAUGGUUCCUUCUUAGUAGAAUAAAUGGAGGGAGAGCUCUCAGCCAUGGCACUGCUGUAACAUUGGUGACCAUAUUAACGGUUUUCUGAGACAAUCCAGAUUUCACAUUUCUGUCAUCUUAAGCCGUUAAAUGCUUGGAGGUUACAAAUUAUUUGGCAUUAAAAAAAUAAAAAUCACUCAGGUAACCUCUUACACUCAGAAAUAGCGCAGAAAAACCCUUUGACACAAACCAUGUGUUUUGAUUCUUUGUUCAGAAAAUAUCAUUGAAACCAUGGCUAGAGGAUAAAUGAAAGUUCCAUAGAUUCUGUUUCUUAUUAUCGUGUGUAUAUCUGGCUUUCUUUUCGGUAUGUUUCUAGGAGCUUUAUUUGAAUUGCUAAAUUUGUCUUUCAGUUGAAAUCUAAUUUACACAAUCAUCCUUUAUUUAAACAUGUACCUCUUAAUGACUUCUUCCUUAAAAUCAAUGUAAAACAACACGGCACUCUUUUUUUAACCUGUUAACUGUUUAUCUGUGACAUCUGCCUCAUGAAAGCAAUUGUUCUGGAAUCAGUCCUGAGAAUAUAGGAUAAUUCAGUGGAAAUGUAAUUCCUGUCUUGGGACCUGACAUAAAAUCUUUCCCAGGGGAACUGGUAAUAUGGGACUUUUAGGUUACAACAGAAAUAUUGAAUGUUGACAAAAGCCUUAAUCUUUCCACUGGGAGAACUAAUAUUAGUUUAUAGUAUUAUAAAUAUUAUAUUAAGGUUGAAGAUUAAUGCUGUGUUAAUCUCAUUUGGGUAUAUCUUGACAGUACAGAUUCUGUAAAAUAAACUUAAAUGGCUUAAUAUUGA